UUUACUAAACAUGUAGAAAUGUAAUAGCUCGAUUCUGUGUCCCUUCCUCAAUGGAUGAUGGUGUCCCACCAGGUAACUUUCAGUUGAGUGAGGGAGGGGAGGUGUUGAAACGCUACAGUGAAGUAGAGGCAAAGUGUCUGGACUGCCUUAUGAGAGACCCACUCAGGCCCUUUGUGCCGCAGUACCAUGGUGUGGUCACCAGGGGGGAGCACUGCUACAUCCGCCUGGAGGACCUGCUGAGUGGCCUCAGAAGACCUGUAAUAAUGGACUGCAAGAUGGGAGUCAGGACAUAUCAGGUGGAAGAGCUGACCAAAGCACGGACCAAAGCCACUCUACGGAGUGACAUGUAUCACAAAAUGGUGAAUAUAGAUCCUUCAGCUCCAUCAGAUGAGGAACACAAAAAGAAAGGUGUGACCAAGUGGCGCUACCUUCAGUGGAGGGAUACAACCAGUUCUACAUCCACACUGGGAUUCAGGAUAGAAGGCAUCAUGAUGGAGGACGGUAGUGUCCAAAGGGACUUCAGAAAAAUUCUGACUUUAGCUCGGGUCACAGAGGCCCUGCUGUACUUCACCAAGAGUCAGCUGGACAUCCUGAAAGAAUACCACUCCAGACUCCUGGCUCUGAGAGAUGCAUUGACAAAUUCACCAUUUUUCAAAACCCACGAGGUGAUUGGCAGCUCGCUUCUCUUUGUCCAUGAAUACAGCAGGAAGGCCAGUGUGUGGAUGAUAGACUUUGGGAAGACAAGCCCUGUGCCUGACAUGGGCGAACUCCAACACAAUGUCCCAUGGGCCGAGGGGAGCAGGGAAGACGGCUAUCUAAUUGGCCUGACCUCCCUCAUCACUUCACUGAGUCAGGCCAUCAGUGUGGCCUCCUGGCAGCAGGAGGGCAGCUGUGGAGAAGAAAAGAGGGUUACCUGAAGUACACUGAGGGUUGUGGUUGAGACACCCCUUAAACAACACUCAAAUUCAGGAUGAGCGGGACAAAAUGGCUGCUGUUACACUUUCAUUUCACUGACUGGAACAGACAGGGAAGAAAGGAGGGUAACUGAAAUAUGGUGAAUCUGUCUUCACGGGCUGGGGAAGAGGAACAAGGGAGUACAGUUCAGCUAAAAUCCACAGACAUGUGAUGUGGUACAUGUGGCAUGUACAUACUGUAACAGUGGAGACAGUGUUGUUCU